AUGCAGAUCCCACAGUUUCGGGAUGCUCUUGGCGACAUCCCACCCGCGUCUCCCUGGCUUCAAGCCUCUCCCCGCGCCGCUGUGCCCAGGAAGCAGAGUAACCCCGGGAUGGUCCUCGUGGGUGCACCAAAGGCAGAUUCCAAAUACAGCACUUCAGUGAAGUCCCCUGGGGCUGUGUUCAAGUGCCGCGUUCACACCAACCCUGACCGGAGAUGCACCGAACUGGACAUGGCUCGAGGGAAGAAUCGGGGCAUGUCCUGUGGUAAGACCUGCCGAGAAGACCGGGAUGAUGAGUGGAUGGGGGUGAGCCUUGCCCGGCAGCCCAAGGCUGAUGGCCGAAUUUUGGCCUGUGCCCACCGCUGGAAGAACAUCUACUACGAAACAGACCACAUCCUGCCCCACGGCUUCUGUUACAUCAUCCCGUCCAACCUCCAGGCCAAAGGCAGGACGCUGAUCCCUUGCUAUGAAGAGUACAAGAAGAAGUACGGAGAGGAACACGGCUCCUGCCAGGCUGGGAUAGCAGGCUUCUUCACCGAGGAGCUGGUGGUGAUGGGCGCCCCGGGGUCAUUUUACUGGGCUGGGACGGUCAAAGUGCUGAACCUCACAGACAACACCUACUUCAAACUGAAUGACGAAGCCAUCAUGAACAGGCGGUACACUUACCUGGGCUAUGCAGUUACCGCCGGCCACUUCUCUCACCUGUCCACCACCGAUGUGGUAGGAGGCGCCCCGCAGGAUGAAGGCAUCGGAAAGGUUUAUAUUUUUAGAGCUGACCGAAGAUCAGGCACCUUAAUUAAGAUUUUUCAGGCAUCAGGUAAAAAGAUGGGCUCUUACUUCGGCUCCUCCUUGUGUGCAGUUGACCUGAACGCGGACGGCCUCUCUGACCUGCUGGUGGGGGCCCCCAUGUAUUCCGAGAUCAGGGACGAGGGGCAGGUCACCGUCUACAUCAACAGAGGAAAUGGGGCCCUGGAGGAACAGCUGGCCCUGCCUGGGGAUGGCGCCUACAACGCGCACUUCGGGGAGAGCAUCGCCAGCCUGGGCGACCUUGACGACGAUGGGUUCCCAGAUGUGGCCAUUGGCGCACCCAUGGAGGAGGACUUCUCAGGGGCGGUCUACAUCUACCAUGGUGACCUCGGUGGAAUCGUCCCUCAGUACUCAAUGAAACUGUCGGGGCGGAAGAUAAGUCCAGUUCUACGGAUGUUUGGACAGUCCAUAUCAGGGGGCAUUGAUAUGGAUGGAAAUGGCUAUCCUGAUGUGACUGUUGGAGCCUUCAUGUCUGACAGUGUGGUUCUUCUAAGGGCGAGACCCGUCAUUACGGUAGUCAGCUCCAUCUUCCUCCCAGCCUCCAUUAACAUCACGGCGCCUCAGUGUCACGAUGGACUGCAGCCUGUCAACUGCCUGAACGUCACCGCCUGCUUUAGCUUCCACGGCAGGCAUGUUCCUGGAGAAAUUGGCCUGAAUUACGUUCUGACAGCUGAUGUGGCUAAAAAGGAGAAGAGCCAGUUGCCCAGGGUCUACUUCGUGUUGCAUGGAGAGUCCGUGGGUCAGGUCUCAGAGAAGCUGCAUCUGGUCCACAUGGAGGAGACGUGUCAUCACUAUGUGGCCCACGUGAAGCGGAGAGUGCAGGAUGUCAUCAGCCCCAUCGUAUUUGAAGCCGCCUACAGCCUGGGUGAGCACGUGACUGGAGAGGAGGACAGGGAACUGCCGGCUCUGACACCAGUGCUCCGCUGGAAAAAGGGACAGAAGAUUGCCCAAAAGAAUCAGACUGUUUUUGAAAGGAAUUGCCGUUCCGAGGACUGUGCCGCUGACCUGCAGCUUCAAGGUCAGCUGUUGCUGUCUAGCAUUGAUGAGAAAACCCCAUAUCUAGCUUUGGGGGCUGUGAAGAAUAUCUCCCUGAAUAUCUCCAUCUCCAACCUCGGGGACGAUGCCUAUGAUGCCAAUGUGUCCUUCAACGUUUCCCGAGAGCUCUUCUUUAUCAACAUGUGGCAGAAGGAGGAAAUGGGCAUUUCCUGUGAACUGCUGGAAUCGGACUUCCUCAAAUGCAGUGUGGGAUUUCCUUUCAUGAGGUCAAAGUCAAAGUAUGAAUUCAGCGUCAUCUUUGAUACAAGCCACCUGUCAGGGGAAGAGGAAGUUCUUAGCUUCAUCGUUACUGCUCAGAGCGGCAACGUGGAGCGCUCAGAAUCUCUGCAUGACAACACCCUCACGCUGACGGUGCCGCUCAUGCAUGAAGUGGACACGUCCGUCACUGGAAUCAUGUCUCCAACCUCCUUCGUGUAUGGCGAGUCAGUGGACGCAUCCAGCUUCAUUCAGCUGGAUGAUCUGGAGUGCCAUUUCCAGCCCCUCAACGUCACCCUUCAGGUCUAUAACACUGGACCAAGCACCCUUCCUGGGUCAUCCGUCAGCAUCUCUUUCCCCAAUCGGCUGUCAUCUGGAGGUGCAGAAAUGUUUCACGUCCAGGAGAUGACGGUGGGCCAAGAGAAAGGAAACUGUUCUUUCCAGAGAAACCCAACCCCUUGCAUCAUCCCUCAAGAACAAGAAAAUAUUUUCCAUACCAUAUUUGCUUUUUUCACAAAGUCUGGAAGAAAAGUCUUGGAUUGUGAAAAACCAGGAAUUUCUUGCCUAACAAUGCACUGUAAUCUGAGUGCACUCGCUAAAGAAGAAAGUCGUACCAUAGACAUUUACAUGCUGCUGAACACAGAAAUAUUGAAGAAGGACAGUUCCUCUGUCAUUCAGUUCAUGACCCGCGCCAAGGUGAAGGUGGACCCUGCCCUACGGGUGGUGGAGAUAGCCAACGGGAACCCAGAAGAGAUGACGGUGGUCUUCGAGGCCUUGCACAACCUGGAGCCCCGUGGCUACGUCGUGGGAUGGAUCAUCGCCAUAAGUCUGCUGGUGGGAAUCCUCAUCUUCCUGCUGCUGGCCGUGCUGCUCUGGAAGAUGGGCUUCUUUCGCCGAAGGUACAAAGAAAUUAUUGAAGCUGAGAAGAACCGGAAAGAGAACGAAGACAGUUGGGACUGGGUCGAAAAAAGCCAGUGACCUGCCACACCCGUCACGUGACCCAACCAUUUCGCCUGUCGUCCUUGAUCUUUGUAUCUUCCAUAUUUGGAAGAAAGAAUCUUCUCCAGAUUUUUCGGAGGCCCCACUGAUGCUGUUCUCGUCCUCAUUCUGUCAUGCCCAGGCACCAACCUGAGGCAGCCACUUUGGCCAGGUCGCAUGACUGGAGCCACCACCACUUCCUUUUAAAGAUGAACUCUGAACUUUGGAAAGCAAGCUACGGAGCCGAGCAAUAUUUAUGGAUGCAACAUGCGUGGUCAACCCUCAGGGGAAAACUGUUACCUAAAAGUAUUUUUAUAAAUAUAAGCCUUUUAUACUGAUUAUGUCUUUAUAUUUGUAUCGAUGUUUUAUUAUUUCUAUUAAAUAGUUAUAUAAUUCACUCAAGCACUGAUAUCUGGCCUGAAAUCUUGGAAACACAUGUACAUUCAUACAAAUUUUAAAGGAUAAAAAUCUUACUGUUCUUUGGAAUUUACUGUUAAAAUAGACUUGCAGAUAAAAUAAUCUGAAGAAACCUCAUGUAACGAAUCCACCGAACUGUCAGUGCUGCAUAUAAACUGGUCGUGGCAGGACCCCUAAGACAUUUCACAUCUUUAUUGCCUGGAGUCAAGUUUGAAGUCGUGUGCUAAGGAACUCUAAGUUUUUUCAUACGUACUUUUCAUUGGAAGAUUCCCAACAGGAAUUUGGAUGGAAAAACCUGAUUCCUAAACAAGUCUGCUCUGCGUCACCUCUGUACAGCAAACACCCACCCUCCUUCCACUUGGAUGAAUAGAAGGGAGCUUGGAGCAACUCCAGUCAGUCAUCUGGUAAACCUCAAUGGCAUCUCAUCCUGGACAUCAUGCAUCAGAGUCCAUGUACCACGAGGACUAAAUUAGUGCCCACCGAGCAAAGACUUAGGUCUGAAUGCUGUGACGUGUUGCCUUCUCAUGGUCAUUUGAGUUCAGAGGUCUUCAUUUCCCCCAUCACUCUUGCCAUUCCAGCUAAUGAUAAUUGCAGAUUCCUUCCCAGCGAUGACUGUCUAAACUGUUCUUAUUUUUUAAAUAGUAUCUUCAGUGGGGUCCCCCAAAAGCAGACCCAAGACAAGGAUCUGCGUGCAAGUAACUUAUUAAGGAGGUAUUUCCAGGGGACGCCAGUAAGGGAGUGAGCGAAACAGGACAGGAAAGGAGAGGAAGCCAGGUAAGGGUGCCAUUUCAGGGAAGGUCCCAUGGAAGGUGGCUUCAGCCUGGUCCUGCAGGGGAGCUCUGGACGGUAAGCUGUUCUCUCAGAUGUCCCAACCUAAUGCAAGGGAGCUGAGCUUUCAUAUUCUUGCACCCAGGGGAGAUGUAAACUUUCUGUUCUCAGUUCCUACUGGUGAAACAGUCCCAGUAGCUGAGGGGUAGUCCUCUAAAAGAGAGCUGCAGGUAUACCCCCAACAUGGGGAGGCCUAGAGAACUGAUGCAAAGAGAUCUGGGCAUAACCCCAACAUCUUCCCCUAUCUCAUGCAUGUGUGAAUGAUGAGUUAUGGCCUUCAAUAUUUAAGCCUUCUGUUUGACAGUGUUUAGUAUCAGAUACACUGUGCUGCGUGCAGUUUUGAGUGCAUCGUGAUUUUCUAAAAGGCCAAUGAGAUGAUGGCUGUAGCAUGCUCAGCGCUGCAGCUGGCCCAGAGUAAACACUCAGUAACCAUUAGCAGCUUUGACUGCUGUUACCACUGCAGGAUAACCAUCUAAUAAGAAAAAAACAUGGCUCAGAGCUGGGUCUGACAACCAGUCCUUCAUGGCUUAUCAGAGCCUGCUCAAGCCCCAGAAAGAUACAGAUGGCAUCAAAUGGGAAUGAAACAAGAAACAGGAUGAAGGGAUCUUUGUUAUAAGGCCUUGAUUACUGGAAGCUCACAUGGGGUGGGAAAGGGGGGUUCUGUGAACAUUGUUGAAAAGACACGGAACUCAACUUCAGGGGAGACAGGUUUUCUAUACAGGUAGCUAAUACUUACAAACAUGUCUAAAGUUUUGGCCAAAUUGUGAGAGUGCUGGACAGUUGCAAACCUAGCAUGGAACGUGUCUUUUCGUUUCUGGUUGUGCAGUUGACUCUGAUGUAGGAAGAUAAUAAGUGUAUCAUGCUUCCCUUCCUGGUGAAUAUGGGAAUAGACAGCAAAAGCCAGAGGGUCAAUGGCAUGAAGGAAGCUGAUCUUAGAAUGAAGUUAGGGGUGUUGCGGCUAGCAGAGCGAUGGAGGCACAGAGGUAACUCCAGGGCAGAUGCAGGCAGGGAAACCAGUUCUCGCUGGGAGUUUGCCUGUGAGUUUUAUCAAAAGUAGCAUAAGCAGUCUUGAAUUGGUUUUAGUCACUCAUUUAAAGGAUAUUUAUAGGGCCCCUGCUGUGUAUCAAGAACUAUACUAACUCCUAGAGGUUCCCCAGAGGACACCACAGGCACAUUUUGCCUGAGGGAGGCAAACCUUCCCAAAAUGGAGUACAGGGUGUGGAUCCUUUUGUGAAAUCCCAUUUACAGCUUUCUUCUGAUGGAUUCUUGUUCAUUGUGUUAUGUUGUCCUUUAAUAAAUCACCCAGAAUUCUUACUUAGGUGGUAGGUUUGGGACAGCUCCAACAGUGGUUUGUCCAAACGCCAUUAUAGCCACUAACUAGCCUCCUAGAAGGAAUGCAGAUGCAUUGGUGACACUGUGGAAGGGUGACUUUCAGGCCCACAGUUCUUCCAGCCAUAGGGGAAUGCCUCAUUUCAACAAGGACAGGCUCCUGUGGGCAAUGUCAGAGCUGGAUCCGUUUGCUCUUAGAAUGGUAGACAGACCUGAGUAGACCAGGAGAUCACUAAGACUUCAUGAGGCAGUUUCUGAGAAAAUCAUUCUUGGCAUCCGCAAGAGAACAUACUGACUGCCACUCCAAGGACCCAUUUGGGAGGGAUGGUGCCUCUGCUUGUCCAAUCAUGCUGAGUAGCAGGUGGGGCUACAGGGAUUGGGGAGUUAACCGUUUAGCCCACUGAUAGAGGAAGAAGUCCCACACGCUGUCAGUGCUCUCCCAGCUUGGACCGUGCACCAGCCACAUCCCAGUUCAGAAGGCCUCAGUAGGCUCUCGGCGCAAGCAGACGGGGUGAGUUGUCGUGUCUGUGUUACUUCUCCAGAAUAUUCUUUUACGGCUCCACAGUGCAUUCAAUUUGCUACCCUGCCCGUUUCUGAAGGGUCACUGUGGACUCUGAUAAAACAUUCUCUUGCACAGCAUCCUUUCAGUCUGCUUCAGCUUUUAGUUAUGUUUCACUGUGGUUUUAACCAACUGUCAGAAGGAUUGAGAUGCUUUUUAAAUAUGAAAAAGGACCUUUGUAGAAACUGAGCAAAAGCAUGCCCCCCUUUUUAAAAACGAUUCGCUUAUGCUCAAUUUACCUGGGACUCACCAGUUUGGAACAUCCCUAGAGUGAGCCUCGGACCUGUCACAAAGAGACCACGAAGUUUAGGAACAAGGAGGCAUUAGAAGGAGUGAGUGGAUCCACUGGCUUCACAGUGACUGACGGCACACAUCUGGAAUCAAUUACCGCUGAGGUCACUGAGGCUCUCCCAGUCAGUUCUUCAGGAAAAUCCCAUCAGCAUCACUAGGAAUAUUUUCAAGUUUGAUAAACGUAGAAAAUUCAGUAGAAAGUUUUUCUUCACCAAGUCAUGUGUAGUCUACGGUCCUUGAGCCAAAGGCAAGGAGAUUGAGAACAAACAGAAAACCAGCGGGCCUACUGAAAAUAUUUGGAACCUGUUUUCAAUACAAAGCAUAGUGGAUCCCUAAAGUGAUAUACAUUGCUGUGUGCUACCUGUUCAACCCUGGCAGAAUAAUUAUUUUAAAGGUUAUUCUGCUUUUAUUUUUGGAUGAGGCAUUAUGCCCAGGCGAAUACAGUUAUGCACAGGUUACAUAUGAAACAUCUGGUAAAACCUACCUACACCGGGUUCAAACCUCUGGAAAUUUACAGGCACUGUGAAGAACUAUAAUUUGGGGAAAAUGGCCCUUUAGCAGAAGAAAGGCAGAAAAUGAGUAUAUUGGAUUAUAUCAUUUUGGAAAUGAUAUAAUCCAAUAUACAGGGCUUUAGUCGAUGUUUUCUUCUGCUAUACAGAGCAAUAAUAUACACAGUGGAGAAUAGUUUCUGAAACAAUGGUUGAAGGGAGAAUAGAGAGCAAAUAGGGUCAAACCAUAAACCUUCUAGAAUGUUUUCUGAUUUUCAGCACAUUGUAGGGAUAAUGAACAAAUUUCUCACAUGGUGCAAUGCUUUACAGCACAAUGAUUUCAGACUUUUUUAAGGUUGUUUUUUUUUUAAUUCUAAUGUGCACGGUGUGACUGGCAGAGUGAGUUUCAAAGCUUUAAGAGUUAUUAAUUGCAUGGCAGGCACCCACGCUAACUUCACUUCCAGACCAUGACUGAUGCAUCCAUGUACGUUUCCAUUGAGGACUUUUGGUGGGAGGGGUGUUCCUCCUCGUGAAGUCACAUGUAUUAAAAAAAAAAAAAUGUCUAUGCAGUCACUUCUAACUCACUUGCACUGUUUGGGAAAUGCAGGUUUACAAAAAUACAUGUUUGGAAUAAAAAAAAAAAAAU